AUGGGUAAGGAACAGGACCUCCUGGUGGCAGUGAAGAGUGGAGACAUCCUCCUGGCACACAAACUCCUGACCAAGGUUAAAUGCAACAAAACCAGUGAGUAACUAGACACACACACACACACAUCUGCUUUCCCUUUAAAUUCCUGAUGCAGCCUGUGUGUGCCUGUGUUUGUGUUCAGAGCAUGUGUAUCUGUUGGCUUGAUGUAAUGUACAGAAGAAACAGUGAUAGCCCGUCCCUUAUCUGAGUGAUAUUGUUCUCUGUAUCUGUAUCAAGGGAACACUUUGUAUUUAAAAUAGCAGUAUCAGGUUCAACCAUCCACCACAACCAAUGAUCCAUCUAGCGGUCGGACAAUUUGAAGUUAAAUGUAGUCAAACCCCCAACAAUAUGACCUAAUCUCCAAAACACAGACGCUGGUACUGUACAAUAUGUCUCAGGGUGUGUGUCUCGAAUGGCACCCUAUUCCCUAUAUAGUGCACUACUGUUGACCAGGGCCCAUAGGGCUCUGGUCAAAAGUAGUGCACUGUAUAGGGAAUAGGGUGCCAUUUGUGAUGCACCUCACAGUGUGGGUAUGGAGCUUCAGUGUUGCUUAUCUCUACAGAUUCCUGUCAAACUGCUCGCGAGGCUAGCCUACUGUAGCAUUGUGGCUAAUUACAGUAUUCUCCUUAUCCAGGCCAGGAGAAAGUUAAACCUCUCUCUCUCUCUCUGUGAAACCUCUUUGUUGUUGUUAUCUGCCUGUGCUGUGCUUUCAUCGUGGCUGCUGUUCUGCUCUGCUCGGUGGCAGGCUCAGAGGAACAAGGGCCUGUCAGUAGCACAUAGGGUUAGCGCUAGCCCUACACAUCAUGACAUGCUGCUAAUGCCUUUCAACAGUCAAACACUCAUGGGCUAAAUGUUUCAAUGCUCGGGAAAGGAAAUUAGUGGCCUAGUUGUUGCAUUAAUUUCUUCAUUUGUAGGGCUGGGAAUUGCCUCACAAUAUUAUAUUUUCAUGAGAUUUAGGUGCCGACAUGAUAUGUAUUGCAAUUCUUAUGAUUGUCACGAUUCUAUAUGUAUUGCGAUUCAAUACUGGGAUUUUAUUGCGAUUCGAUGUUCCAAAUAUAUUACUCACCAUAUGUCUGCUGGACAGGGACAAGAGAGAGCCAUGAGAUUUUUUGUUGUUGAUCAGUCAUGGUAAUAAAAGUGCUGAAAACAAAUUGGCUACCUUUUUAAAAAGAAGAUGGAGAACAAGCUAUGAAGAAAAAAUACUGGACUUCUGGUGCAGGCACAGCAAACUAACGCAUAAAUAAUAUCACGAUAUUGUCAAAAUGAUACAUUUACAUUUUAGUCAUUUAGCAGACGCUCUUAUCCAGAGCAACUUACAGUUAGUGAAUACAUAUUUUUUUUAUACUGGCCCCCCAUGGGAAUCGAACCCGCAACCCUGGCGUUGCAAACGCCAUGCUCUAUCAACUGCUCUACAUCCCUGCCGGCCAUUCCCUCCCCUACCCUGGGCCAAUUGUGCGACGCCCAUGAGUCUCCCGGUCACGGCCGGCUGCGACAGAGCCUGGAUUUGAACCAGGAUCUCUAGUGGCACAGUUAGCACUGCGAUGCAGUGCCUUAGACCACUGCGCCGCUCAGGAGGUUAACACGAUAUAUCAUCCAAAAUAAUAUCCCAAUAUGUAACUGUAUCGAUUUUUCCCCCCAUCACUAUUCAUUUGCAGUGUGAUUUAUUUUACUUUACCAACUUUCCGGAUGUAAUGCAUUAAUCAAAGUGAAAUUAGCCUAGUUUCACUCUUGGAAUAUGCUUGUGUAAGUAAGUACUCUACCCUGACUGAAAAAAUAGGGUACGUUCUGAUGCUUUGCAAUGCUCAGUCUCUAAUAUUUUCCAUUUGUAAACGAGUAGUUUGGUACCUCAGGACAGUAAGACUUAAAAUAUGAAGGGCUGUAUUUUAACAAACCUGACGCGAUGGUAAAUCUAAGCGCAGGCGGUAGCGCUAUAGGAUCAGGGGUGUGUCAGAAAUAUUUUUGCUAUUUUCACAACUACAAUUAUCGUCGCAAAAGGCCUGGGUUUUCAUGAACAAACAAGUUGUGGGUGUGUUGAGGCUUGGCCCCUCACUGGCCAAUCAAAACGUGCUCCAUGGCUAAAUAUGUGGUUGCUUGAAGUUGUGUAUUUACGGUCUUUUAUGUAUUGCCUUGGAAUCAACCCCAAUUCCAAUGUUAGUCCGUUAUAGUUUGUUAAAUGGCUUACAGAAACAAAAUAACAAAAUGUGUAGACCUAUCCCAUCUUUGCUAAAUACGUUAACUAGAACCCAUUUGCAGUCCAAAUUGUUCUAAGUAAUUGCAUGGCUUCAAUAGCAUUCACACUGAUAUAGGGACUAGGCCUACUGUAAAUUGCAUUAUGGCUGAGCAUGUAUAUGCCGAACAUUGUCAAUAAGCAAGAUUAAAUUCAUUAUUGAUAAGGCCUAAAAAGAGAACGAAUAAUUCAAAUCAAAUUCUAAACAAAAUGAAACAACAAGUUGUUUUAAAUAGGUUAUGUCUAAAUACACUUACAGGCACCAUAGUUUCUCCCUGUGGGCAUAUAAUAUUAAAACAACGCAGAUUAUGGAGGGUUUUAUGUACAGUACAUCCAAACUUUUCACAGUAGCUGGAUCCAAUAUAGAUCCAAUAUAAAGAGAAAGGGAGAAUGUCCACUCACUGUUAUACUGCUCCCAAAUAUGUUUUAUGAACAUAAUCGGAACCAUUUUACAGAUCAGAUCGUAUUCACAUAUCUCCAGGAGUUGCAUUGCAUGCGAGCCACGGAGUUGUCACCAUAAAACCAGGAAGGUGAAUCAUUCUAAUAAGUUUGGUUGUAAUAAAAUGUAACGAAAAACAAGCAAUCAGUUUAAAAAAACAACAACAACAACAACAUGUAUAAUGUAAUGAUAUCAUCAAAUUGGCGGGAUAAGAAAGAGGCGCUGUUGAACCAGGACAACAACAAAAAGCCUUCAUUGACGAUAUACAGGAAGUAGCAGGAGGGGAGGCUUCCCUUGGUUUUUAAUCAAAUAAAAAAUAAAUGGGAAAAAACAUUAGUUUUUUAUGUUUCUAAAUACGAAGUAUGCAGGCACAAAAUGCUAAUUGGGAUUCUCUUGUUCCAUGCGCAUAUGGGCAGUGUGCAUCAUGGCUGGAUAGGCUGUGUUUCCGCUGUCAAAUGUCAUGCCAUAACCAACUGCUGACGCUAAAACCAGCUUUUGGUUGGUCUUAAAUAUCCCUAUCAGUGUAUAUAGCUCCGCAGUGAUCUGGUACUUCUACUCCCUGUAUAUAGCUCCACAGUGAUCUGGUACUGGUACUUCCUGUAUAUACUGUAGCUCCACAGUGAUCUGGUACUGUUACUUCCUGUAUAUAGCUCCACAGUGAUCUGGUACUGGUACUUCCUGUAUAUAGCUCCACAGUGAUCUGGUACUGGUACUUCCUGUAUAUAGCUCCACAGUGAUCUGGUACUGGUACUUCCUGUAUAUAGCUCCGCAGUGAUCUGGUACUCCCUGUAUAUAGCUCCGCAGUGAUCUGGUACUGGUACUCCCUGUAUAUAGCUCCACAGUGAUCUGGUACUGGUACUCCCUGUAUAUAGCUCCGCAGUGAUCUGGUACUGGUACUCCCUGUAUAUAGCUCCACAGUGAUCUGGUACUGGUACUCCCUGUAUAUAGCUCCGCAGUGAUCUGGUACUGGUACUUCCUGUAUAUAGCUCCACAGUGAUCUGGUACUGGUACUUCCUGUAUAUAGCUCCACAGUGAUCUGGUACUGGUACUUCCUGUAUAUAGCUCCACAUUGAUCUGGAACUGGUACUUCCUGUAUAUAGCUCCACAGUGAUCUGGUACUGGUACUCCCUGUAUAUAGCUCCGCAGUGAUCUGGUACUGGUACUUCCUGUAUAUACUGUAGCUCCACAGUGAUCUGGUACUGGUACUCCCUGUAUAUAGCUCAACAGUGAUCUGUUACUGGUACUCCCUGAAUAUAGCUCCACAGUGAUUUGGUACUGGUACUCCCUGUAUAUAGCUCCGCGGUGAUCUGGUACUGGUACUUCCUGUAUAUAGCUCCACAGUGAUCUGGUACUGGUACUUCCUGUAUAUAGCUCCGCAGUGAUCUGGUACUGGUACUUCCUGUAUAUAGCUCCGCAGUGAUCUGGUACUGGUGCUCCCUGUAUAUAGCUCCGCAGGGAUCUGGUACUGGUACUUCCUGUAUAUAGCUCCACAGUGAUCUGGUACUGGUGCUCCCUGUAUAUACUGUAGCUCCACAGUGAUCUGGUACUGGUACUCCCUGUAUAUAGCUCCACAGUGAUCUGGUACUGGUACUUCCUGUAUAUAGCUCCACAGUGAUCUGGUACUGGUACUUCCUGUAUAUAGCUCCUCAAUGAUCUGGUACUGGUACUCCCUGUAUAUAGCUCCACAGUGAUCUGGUACUGGUACUUCCUGUAUAUAGCUCCACAUUGAUCUGGUACUGGUACUCCUUGUAUAUAGCUCCAUUCUUGUGUAUUUUAUUCUUCUUGUGUUACUAUUUAUUUUAUAUAUUUUUUAACUCUGCAUCGUUGGUAAGGGCUCAUAAGCAAGCAUUUCAUGGAAAAGUCUACAUCCGUUGUGUUCGGCGCAUGUGACAAAUACAAUUUAAUUUGAUUUGACACACACACACACCAUGUCAUCACCAUUGACCCUAGUGGAGGGGUUAAGGAUGUGGUCAAUGUUACGGUGGUUCAUUACUGCAGGAGAGCUGUAAGAAUGACAGAUGCCAAGAUGCUCUGGUCUACACUGGCUGGUAUAGCCCUGGCUAGGUGUCAAUGAAGUUGAAUAGCAUGCCUAUUGAUUAUGUAGAGCUGUAAAAGCUCUGUGUGUGUGUGUGUUUGUGUGUGUCUGUCUGUCCUUGUGUGUGGUGCUCCUCUAGUGGGGUCUUGUCAGGCCCAACCUCAGGCUCAGGGCCAGCCUAUAGCCAGGCAGAUGGAGAGAGACCACCAGAGCACUGAAUGGAACCAGGGCUGGAGGAGGGCUCAGGGG